UAUGCAUAAAAAAUCUAAGAAUUUUUAUUAAGUAUUAUACUUAUUCCCAGAUCAAACUGCUUAACUAAGAAACAUACUUUAAGUUUCAUGCAUAAAAAUUCUAAAUGCAUUACUUAGUGCAUCAUAGCAAAGCAUAUCACUUCUUGCUUAAAAUAAAACGUCACAAUGGUGUGACGUCAUUGCGGGUUUUGACGAUAUUGAAUCUCCCGUUUUACGUCAUCAUCAUCGUCUGAAUAUGGCAGAGAAGAAACGUAAACCAAACUGGACACUGGAAGAAUGUUUACAUUUAACGCGUUUAUUUAACGAUAAUAAGAAAAUUUUGAGGGCUAAAUUCGGCGCCGGAGUUACCACUCAAAAGAAAAGGGAAGUAUGGAAAAAUAUUACUGAAUCAAUUAAUGCAGCCAACCCUUCAACCGUCCGGACUAUAGAAGAAGUCGAAAAGAAGUGGCAUAACAUCCACAUGAAGGGGAGGGGAGAAAUAUCUGAUUUUAGAAGAAGUUUGCAAAAAACAGGUGGAGGACCGGCAGAGAAACCAUUAAGUGCACUGUCACAAGCUGUUGAGGAGGUAAUUGGUGAGGAAAAUGUUUCUAUCUGCAGAAUAUCUGGGGCCUUUGAUUCCUCUUUGAUGACGUUUAACAAUUUCAACAGGGGCAUGGAAGACAUUCCAUCGAGUUCACUGCAAGGACGAGUGGUGGAGGAUUUUCAGCUCGACCCACAGCUCUCAACGUGCACGAGUCAGCCCAUUAUCCAAGAAGACGUGUCACUGGGUAUCUCGGCCUUCCCAAUGCCGCCAAAUUCUCCAAGAGAAACUACAGCUACAUGUAACCUAGCUAGAGAGAAACUUCAACUCGAAGUUGAGAACCUCCGCCUGAGGAAUGCCCUUCUGAAGCAACAAUUGAAAGACUUCAAUAAAAAACACUUGUAA